GGGGAUGGGGAGAAGCAGGUUAUUUUUUUGAGACGAGCCAGGCCCUGGUGCUGGGUGAGCGGUGGGGUGGAAGAUCCGGAAGUGCUUGGACAAGGCCUGGGCCUGGGCCGGGGUGUCUGGGUGGAUGGACGGACUGUCCCACCAAUGGGGACACAGGAGGAGGAGGAGGAGGAAGCUUGGGAAUAAGUCCAGCUGGGCCAUGUUGUGAGGACAUGGGGAUGAAGUCUUAGUUCCAGGAUGGGGCUGGGAUGGAGUUUGGUGUUUCUUUUCUGUUUUUCUUUCUUUUUUCUUUUCUUUUUUUUUAUUUUUGUGAGACAGAGUUUAGCUUUUGUUGCCCAAGCUGGAAUGCAAUGGCGUGAUCUCGGCUCACUGCAACCUCUGCCUCCCGGAUUCAAGCGAUUCUCCUGCCUCAGCCUCCCGAGUAGCUAGGAUUACAGGUGCCCACCACCAUGCCCGGCUAAUUUUUUUUUUUUUUUUUGUAUUUUCAGUAGAUACAGGGUUUCACCAUGUUGGCCUUGAACUCCUGACCUCAGGUGAUCCACCUGCCUCGGCCUCCCAAAGUGCUGGGAUUACAGGCGUGAGCCACUGUGCCCGGUCUCUCCCUCUCUCUUUCUCUCUCUCUUUCUUUCUUUCAUCUCACUAUGUUGCCCAGGCUGAUCUUGAACUCCUGGGUUCAAGUGAUCCACUCACCUCUGCCUCCCCAGUAGCUGGGAUCACAGGCAUGCACCACCAUGCCCUGCUAGUUUUUAUAGUUUUUGUAGAGACAACGGCUUGCUAUGUUGUCCAGGCUGGUCUUGAACUCCCAGGCUCAAGUGAUCCUCCCACCUCAGCCUCCCAAAGUGCUGGGAUUACAGGCGUGAGCCACCGUGCCCAGCCAAAACUGUCCAUAUUUGACCUGAAUAUUAUCUCACGUAUCUUUCUUUUUCCCUCGCUUCCCUCCUUCCCUCCUACUCCUCCUUCUCCCUCUCCUUCCUUCUGUCUUUUUUCCCCCUUCCUCUGCCUCUCUCUCCUCUUCCGUUUUUUCUUGCUGGGACUCAAACCUGGGACAUUUGACCUGGGAGCCUAUUUGCUCAAUCAUCAAGAGACUUAAUCUCAUGGUGGGGUGUCUGCUGGUAAGUGCCGGGUGGCAGGAUCCCAACUCCAGGCCGUCCUUCUAACCCAAGAGGCCCUGCCUCUGCCUAGAGCCUUUCGUGGCUCCCCAGGGCCCUCUGUGAUCGGCCAUAGUGGUAUAAUGAUUCAGUGUGCAGUAACAGUGGUUCACAUCUUGAUGCUACCACUCACCUCCUUCAGCCCUUUGGGAACUUGCUGCUUAACAUCUCUAGUUCUCACCCAAUUCUCUUACCUGAGAAAUGGAGAUAAUAAUAACACGGACUUCACCCGGGUGUGGGGAGCACCAGGAGAGGCCAUGCGUGUAAUGUUAUCCGGGUGGCAAGCCCAUAUUUAGGUCUAUGAAAAUAGAAGCUGUCAGUGGCUCUACUUUCAGAAGAAAGUGUCUCUCUUCCUGCUUAAACCUCUGUCUCUGACGGUCCCUGCCAAUCGCUCUGGUCGACCCCAACACACUAGGAGGACAGACACAGGCUCCAAACUCCACUAACCAGAGCUGUGAUUGUGCCCGCUGAGUGGACUGCGUUGUCAGGGAGUGAGUGCGCCAUCAUCGGGAGAAUCCAAGCAGGACCGCCAUGGAGGAAGGUCAAUAUUCAGAGAUCGAGGAGCUUCCCAGGAGGCGGUGUUGCAGGCGCGGGACUCAGAUCGUGCUGCUGGGGCUGGUGACCGCCGCUCUGUGGGCUGGGCUGCUGACUCUGCUUCUCCUGUGGCACUGGGACACCACACAGAGUCUAAAACAGCUGGAAGAGAGGGCUGCCCGGAACGUCUCUCAAGUUUCCAAGAACUUGGAAAGCCACCACGGUGACCAGAUGGCGCAGAAAUCCCAGUCCACGCAGAUUUCACAGGAACUGGAGGAACUUCGAGCUGAACAGCAGAGAUUGAAAUCUCAGGACUUGGAGCUGUCCUGGAACCUGAACGGGCUUCAAGCAGAUCUGAGCAGCUUCAAGUCCCAGGAAUUGAACGAGAGGAACGAAGCUUCAGAUUUGCUGCAAAGACUCCGGGAGGAGGUGACAAAGCUAAGGAUGGAGUUGCAGAUGUCCAGCGGCUUUGUGUGCAACACGUGCCCUGAAAAGUGGAUCAAUUUCCAACGGAAGUGCUACUACUUCGGCAAGGGCACCAAGCAGUGGGUCCACGCCCGGUAUGCCUGUGACGACAUGGAAGGGCAGCUGGUCAGCAUCCACAGCCCGGAGGAGCAGGACUUCCUGACCAAGCAUGCCAGCCACACCGGCUCCUGGAUUGGCCUUCGGAACUUGGACCUGAAGGGGGAGUUUAUCUGGGUGGAUGGGAGCCACGUGGACUACAGCAACUGGGCUCCAGGGGAGCCCACCAGCCGGAGCCAGGGCGAGGACUGCGUGAUGAUGUGGGGCUCCGGUCGCUGGAACGACGCCUUCUGCGACCGUAAGCUGGGCGCCUGGGUGUGCGACCGGCUGGCCACAUGCACGCCGCCAGCCAGCGAAGGUUCCGCGGAGUCCAUGGGACCUGAUUCAAGACCAGGCCCUGACGGCCGCCUGCCCGCCCCCUCUGCCCCUCUCCACUCUUGAGCAUGGAUACAGCCAGGCCCAGAGCAAGACCCUGAAGACCCCCAACCACGGCCUAAACCCUCUUUGUGGCUGAAAGGUCCCUGUGACAUUUUCUGCCACCCAAACGGACGCAGCUGACACAUCUCCCGCUCCUCUAUGGCCCCUGCCUUCCCAGGAGUACACCCCAACAGCACCCUCUCCAGAUGGGAGUGCCCCCAACAGCACCCUCUCCAGAUGAGAGUAUACCCCAACAGCACCCUCUCCAGAUGAGAGUAUACCCCAACAGCACCCUCUCCAGAUGGGAGUGCCCCCAACAGCACCCUCUCCAGAUGAGAGUACACCCCAACAGCACCCUCUCCAGAUGAGAGUAUACCCCAACAGCACCCUCUCCAGAUGAGAGUAUACCCCAACAGCACCCUCUCCAGAUGGGAGUGCCCCCAACAGCACCCUCUCCAGAUGAGAGUAUACCCCAACAGCACCCUCUCCAGAUGAGAGUAUACCCCAACAGCACCCUCUCCAGAUGAGAGUAUACCCCAACAGCACCCUCUCCAGAUGGGAGUGCCCCCAACAGCACCCUCUCCAGAUGAGAGUACACCCCAACAGCACCCUCUCCAGAUGAGAGUAUACCCCAACAGCACCCUCUCCAGAUGAGAGUAUACCCCAACAGCACCCUCUCCAGAUGGGAGUACACCCCAACAGCACCCUCUCCAGAUGCAGCCCCAUGUCCUCAGCACCCCAGGACCUGAGUAUCCCCAGUUCAGGUGGUGAGUCCUCCUGUCCAGCCUGCAUCAAUAAAAUGGGGCAAUGAUGGCCUCCCACAUUUGUCCCCUUCUUGGA